UAAAUUGAUUGUAUUACAAUAAUUUAUGAGUUUAGUUCAGUUUGGUUGUUUGGUGCAUUCUGGUUCAUAUAAAAUAAAGUAGACAUCGAACAUUAUAUUUAAGAGUUGUUUUUAGGCAGUAAUAGUGUUUAAUUGACUUUGUUAGGUUGAAAGUGGCGCAAAAAGCAACAAGUUAAUAUUGUAGGUUAUGUGUUGAGAUCGUUGGUGUUUAUCAACAGUAUUAUAUUAUUAUUGAAUUAUAAAUAACUAAUUACAAUCAUGGAUCAAAUGCUACCAAGCCCUGGAUUUAGUAUACCAAGUAUAGGUACACCUUUGCAUCAGCCUGAAGAAGAUCAGCUGAUUUUGCCAGCAAUUCAAGCACAGCCCCAACAGUCAUUAUCUCAACAACAAAUGCCCCCAUUAGCACCAGUAGGGAGUUUAACUCCAUCGCUGGGAUUAGGAAUGAGUAUGGGUUUAGUUGGUUCAACGAAGCAACAUACUUAUACACCUGGAUUUGUAACACCACAGAGUAUGAUGCAAGCACAAACACCACAACAUACUAUGAUAGCAUCACCAAUGGUUAAUUUGGGUGGUUCUAGUAAUUCUGUAGCACCUUCUACUGUUGGACCACCUUCAACUCCUAUGACACCCAUGACUCCAGCAGAUCCAGGAAUAGUUCCACAAUUACAAAAUAUUGUUUCAACUGUAAAUUUGAGCUGCAAGUUGGAUCUGAAAAAGAUAGCUCUGCAUGCACGUAAUGCCGAAUACAAUCCAAAACGUUUUGCUGCUGUUAUCAUGAGAAUUCGUGAACCUAGGACCACCGCAUUGAUAUUUUCAUCUGGUAAAAUGGUGUGUACGGGCGCAAAAAGUGAAGAUGAUUCCAGGCUGGCCGCUAGAAAAUAUGCUAGAAUUAUACAGAAACUGGGAUUUCCAGCUAAAUUCUUAGACUUUAAAAUCCAAAAUAUGGUGGGUAGUUGUGAUGUAAAGUUUCCAAUUAGAUUGGAGGGUUUGGUUCUAACACACAACUCUUUCUGCUCUUAUGAACCAGAAUUAUUCCCUGGUUUAAUUUACCGUAUGGUAAAACCUAGAAUAGUAUUAUUAAUUUUCGUUUCCGGGAAAGUGGUGUUAACAGGUGCAAAAGUUAGGCAAGAAAUUUACGAAGCUUUUGAUAACAUAUAUCCUAUUCUGAAAAGUUUUAAAAAACAAUAGCAAUAUCGAUACUUUCUAGCUGGUUUAAACUUUCCUUUCAUGUUAUAUAUAAUUAUUUGAGUCUGAACCAAUGUUGAUUUUGUUGAAUUUAUUUCGACAGAAUUUGGUAGUUUAGGAUUUAAGUCUCCAAUGGUUGAUAAAUUGUUUUUUCAGAUUUAUUCUGUUAUGCAAAAUGGAACUUAUUUCAUGUGUACAUAUAUAUAUAUAUAUUU